AUGUCCCAUUCUAUCGGAGGCAAGUCCGCGAUCGUAACUGGCGCUGGUAGUGGUAUCAACCUCGCAUUUGCCGAACAACUUUUGGGUGGCGGAUGUAAUGUCCUUUUCGCCGACCUCGCCCUGCGUCCUGAAGCUCAGAAGCUGUUGGACGCGCAUUCUGGCGCAGUCGAGGGCAAGGGACGAGCUGCUUUCCAGCAAACUGAUGUAACUGACUGGAAGCACCUGGAGCGAAUGUUCGGAAGGGCAAAAGAGGAAUUUGGCGAAAUUGACAUUGUUUGCCCUGGCGCUGGAGUUUACGAACCGAGUUUUAGCAGCUUCUGGUAUCCCCCUGGAACCCCACAGAGCAAGGAUGGUCUCCACGGAGGACGCUACGCGAGUAUUGACAUCAAUUUGGUUCAUCCCAUCAGGACCACUCAACUGGCCCUCUCCCGCUUUCUGAGAUACGAGAAGAAACCUCGCACGAUUGUCAUAAUCUCGAGCACCAACGCCCAAGACACCUGUCUCUCUACAGCGAUCUACGACGCGACAAAACAUGCCAUCAGUGGAUUCGUGCGCGCGAUGGCCAAGAUCGACCAAGUCGGCGUCCGUAUCGCAGCAGUCGCACCAGGUAUCAUCAAAACGCCUCUCUUUAUGGAGAACCCAGAUAAACUUGCAAUGAUUGAUACCAACAAGGAUGUUCUAGUUGAGCCAUCAGAGGUCGCUAGUGUCAUGGUUGCCUUGAUCGAGAGAGACAGCAUUUGCUCAACAAUCGAUCAAGCGAGGACGGGACCGCAGGACAUCGAGAUCAAGAGCGGGUCGAUUAUUGAAGUGACCAAGAACCGAGCUCGUGUUGUCAACACAUAUCACGAUCCGGGUCCUUCGGGUGCUGGGGCAGUUGGGUCCAACUUUGCCACUUCGGAGUACACUACGUUGGCUUUACUCAGAGAUAUCUCAAUAACCUAUUUAAAUCACGUCCGUGUCCAUGCGGCGAACGUAGAUAAGUGGCCAAACCGUAAAGAGCCUCGCGACGCCGCUACUCCCAGCAAACUCAAGAUUUGGCAGAUUUCGCCAGCUAUUCUCACCAUGGCCGAUCCGACUCCUCACCAGGUUACAGAAGGUCACUUGCGGCCGCGCCUGAGCAAGCUGACUAUGGUCGCAAUGACAUUCGCGAUUCUCAACACUUGGAUCGCGUUGGGUGGCACAAUUGGUAUCGUGAUGCCGUCUGGAGGUCCAGUCGCGCUCCUAUACGGCUUCAUCUUCUGUGUCGCUUGCAACUUUGCUCUAGCCUUUAGCCUUGGUGAACUUGCAGCUAUUUGGCCAACAGCAGGCGGACAAUAUCAUUUCGUGUACGCUCUCAGUAGUGAAAAAUGGAAGAGGUUUCUGAGUCUUUGUGCGGGAUGGAUCAAUAUUGCCGGUUGGCUCACCCUUGUAACAACCGAAGCGAUCUUCUCUGCUAUGUUCAUUGCUGCCGCUAUUGUCGUCGCGUCGGGGAGAUCAUCACCUGUCGACUCUUGGACAACAUACCUUGUCUUCCUUGCCAUCAUCACAUUUUCGACCAUUGUGAACAUCUGGGGAAAUUCGAUUCUUGGACCUUGGAGCAACUUCGCCCUCUACUGGUCAAUCCUAAGCGUUGUCAUCAUUAGCAUCAUUCUGUUGUCCAUGUCAGAAAAGACCAGCGCCGAGUUCGUUUUCACAACUUUCAAUAAUGAGACGGGAUGGUCCGAUGGAAUGGCAUGGCUUCUAGGCCUCCUUCAAUCUGCUCUAUCCAUGAUUGGAUUUGACGCGGUUUUGCAUAUGACUGAAGAAAUGCCUAACCCCCAUCUAGAUGCUCCCCUUGCAAUCGUCUAUGCCAUUGGCGUUGGUGGUUCUACCGGCGUGAUCUUCAUCCUGGUCAUCCUCUUCUGUCUGACUGAUGUUGACAAACUUGUGAGCUCACCGACGGGUCAACCCCUGAUCGCUCUUUUCGACCAAGCUACAAACAGCCGAGCAGCAUCUACCAUCAUCAGCUGCAUGUUGGGUUUGUGUUUUAUCCACGGCACAAACGGAUCUAUCACCACCACAAGUCGAUUGAUAUACUCCAUGGCUCGAGAUAACGGCUUCUUUUUCUCGCGAUAUUUUAACCAUAUCAACCCGAAGCUGGAGGUUCCAGUUCGCACCAUCGUCUUCACAUACAUCUUCAAUGUGCUAUUUGGUGCCCUUUACCUAGGCCCUACGGUCGCUUUUAACGCGUUCAUCGCGUCUUGCACUAUUCUUCUCAACAUCUCAUACGCUUUCCCAAUUUUUGUCUUGGUCAUUCGAGGCAGAGGCAUCCUCGCUCCUCAUCAGCAUCCCCAUACGCCAUGGAAGCUUGGAAACUUCUGGGGAUAUCUGGUCAACUGGACUGCUUGUCUGUACGUCUCGGUAACUUCAGUGCUGUUCUGUUUCCCUCCAUCGUUACAUGUCACUGGAAACACAAUGAAUUAUGUCUCUGUAGUCAUCGCAAUCUGCAGCCUUGCAAUUGCGAUUUACUGGAUUGCUCGCGGGAAGACCUUCGAGGGACCUAACCUCGAAACCAUCAUGGCCCAAAGAGAAGAAGUGGCUCACGCACCUGACCAUGGCAGACGUGGCGAGAAGGAAGAUAUGCAUGAUCAAUCUGUAUCUGCUUAGAUUAUGUAGUGUUUUAGGCCUCAUUGGCGAUUCAAUAGUAAUAUUUCUUCAUAUCGGCAACAUGAUACACACGAU